GAAGGUGUGUAUUAAUUUCCACUUUUAGAUAAUCACUGAAAACCGCAGUUAACCAAGUUAAUAUUAUUAUUUAUAUAUAAUAAUCUUUCUGAUAACAACAGAACUCUCUGUACAUUCAUUGUGUAUCCGCAGUUGCUUCUCGCGUGCGCGUCCUCGCGCCUCGCCUCGCGCGCUCCCGGGUUCACCGGGUUUACUUUGACACCGCUGACUCCGCGGCCACGCCCCCCGACAGCCGCGCACCCCGCGCCGGCGAAUGGCGGGGCCCCCGCGGCCCGGUGACGCGCGGCCAGGCGCGUGAUUGGCCGCGGCGCGCUACGCCUCGGCCUGUGAUUGGCUGCGUGUUACCACCCGCCAGACUGCUUCUCAUUUCUUCUGUUAUUUCUUUAUUUCUGAGCGUGUCUCCGCUCGGCUCGAGUCGGGAGCUUUCUAAUCGAGCGCUCCCUGUUUACUUCCUCGUGAUCGGCUUCACGUGCGCGCUGCUGGCAGGUCAGUCUCGCGCUUUUAUUCUUCUUUUAUUCUCAAAUUGUUGCGCGUUCUUCUUAAAACAGCCGAGCCUGCGCGCGCUCAGGUGGGCUCGUGCACGCCGCUCGGUUUACCUGAGGUCAGGCUGAACCCGGUGUCUCCUGUGCGCGUGCGUGUGUACAACAGUUGCAUCGCCGGAUGAUAAAGUUGAUGCAGGUUGUCUUUGUUUCCACUGGUUGACGGCCGGACGGCGACCACCAUGGAGCCGAAGCCGUGCAUCGAGUACCACGACCUGGAGGCCGCCGAGGCGCUCGUCAGCAUGAGCUUCUGGGGUCAAAGGUUGCAUAAGCCCCGCCCACUGACCCCCACCUCCGACUCCUGUGACUCCAUCCAUCUCCACCAGGAGGCGGGCGACGCUCCCAAAGACCUGAUUGCCCUCUCGUCAUUGUGUAUGACUCCGCCUCACAGUCCGAGCUUUGCUGAGGCCUCCACUACCUCCGCCCUAAGUCCCACCUCCAACCCGGCGCUGCCCCGCCCUAUCCUUGGCGCAGGCUCCGCCCUCCUCCUCAGUGACUCCUACGCCUGCCCUGCUCCACCUUCCACCCCCUCACCCCCCCUCGCAGCAGAGACCUCAGCACCUCCACCCCGGACGGAGUCGUCCCACGUGACCCCGUCCAGCAGAGCGAUGGUCACCAGCGUCAUCCGCCACACCGCCGACAGCCCCGGCGCUUCUCUGGCCGCCGCCAGGCCAGCGGAGACGUCCACGCUGCCUCAGUUGGUGAUGCCAGAGACUCUUGCGGAGGAGAAGGUCGGAGCUCCUCUGCCCUCCCCCCCUCGCUCCUCCUCCUGCUCCCCUCCAGUCCUCUGCCAGGUCUUCCCGGUGAGCAGCAGGACGGGUGUGAUCUCGGCCUUCGUGCAGGCACCGGUUCAGGUGCAGACUCAGGGGGGGCCCCUGCCGCGGGGCACCGUGAUGUUCGUGGUGCCCCAGGCGUCCGUGUCCCAGGCGCCGCAGGGCACGCAGACUGUCGUGACGCUGGGCAACACUAAGCUCCUCCCCCUGGCACCGGCGCCCGUUUACAUGCCGACGGCAGCGAGCGGCUGCGGUGCCUCGCAGGCCGACUUCUCCCGCAGACGGAACUACGUCUGCAACUUCCCCGGCUGCAAGAAAACUUACUUCAAGAGCUCCCACCUGAAGGCUCACCUGCGCACGCACACAGGCGAGAAGCCGUUCAGCUGUCACUGGGACGGCUGCGACAAGAAGUUCGCCCGCUCCGACGAGCUUUCCCGCCACCGCCGCACGCACACCGGCGAGAAGAAGUUUGUCUGCAAUGUGUGCGACCGCCGCUUCAUGCGCAGCGACCACCUGACCAAACACGCCCGGCGGCAUAUCACCGCCAAGAGGGCGUCGUCUUGGCCCACCGAGACCCGGGACCCGGGACCUCCACAGAGGGGCCCUGCCCAAGGGCCAGAACUGGCGCCACAAGGGCCCCUUCCCGUCGGCGUGCUGGUCGCCACCGCCAACUGAUGGGCUCGGUCCUCCCCGCUCCCAUACGGGGGCGACCCCGGACCCCCGAGGGCAGGGCUUAGAAUUUCAACUUGAACUUUGCUGGUGAACAAUGGACACUUAGCUCCGGCUGCGUCGACGUUAGCUUCAUUUAUAACGUGUCACUGUGGCGUCAAACUGUACGGACUCAGCAGCGCCUCCCAGAGGCUGGAAACACUCAUCGCGUUCCAAGAGAUGUAUGAAAAGAUGGAAGGGGGCGCCAGAGGAAGGUUGUGUUAUCUAAAUGAAUACCUUUAUCUUCUGUACGGUGCUCUGAGAAGAACAUGUUUGCUGUACUUUGAGCUAAAUGCUAACGUUAGCAUAUUAGCAGGAAAUGUUAACGUGUCAUGCUACGUCAACAUGUUAAGCAUGUUGACAAGCUCACAGUUAGCAUGUUCACGCUUAGCAGGUUAGCCAACUUUAACAUGCUGAUAUCUGUACCGUUAGCAUGCUAACAGUAGCAAUUAGCUGGAAAGUCAUUCAAUUGUUUAACAGUCAUCCUGUUAAAAUGUUAUAGUUCAGCUUUUGUUUGACCAACUUAACGGAGAAGUUUCCACAUUUUAACGUUUUUUAGUUUUAGUAAUAAGCGUUAAUUCCCCACCAAAAAACAAUGCGAACUCGAGCCGCGGUAAAAGACGAGGAGGCCGAGGGUCAAUGUUCAGAUGGUCCCCGGUGACGUAGACGGAGGACCGAGCGAGUUUCCCAUUGAGCUCAGGAAAUUUUAUUCCAAAACCAACUCACCGGAGGAGGACGGGGCGACAAGCUGCUACUCAUCCAGCACAGGAUCCAACUGGGUCCAACUGGAACCAACUAGAACCAACUGGAUCCAACAAGAUCCAACUGAAACCAACAGGAACUUGACUUGCACUGGAAUAUUUUUUUUUAAACUAGCUUGUUUUUUUGACCCCCCCCUCCUCCCAUCGAGUACCAUCAUGUUUACUUCAUGUGUAAAUGUCAUGUUUAGCUUAAUGUGCGCACUCUAGUUUUAUCUGUUGCCAAAGCCUCCACCUUGUGCUCCUGUUCGUCUGUGACUGUAAAUAUUGUAAAUAUAUUGGUAUCUAUAUGAAUGUUAACAUGUAUUCCAACAGUACGAGUUAUUGAUAUUUUAGGGAUGUCAGUAGACAGUAUUCCUCCCUGUGAUGGUACCUUUGCUUUACACCGUAUAAUUAUUAUUUAAUAAACAUUUGACAUAUCGUAGCCAGUAAGGAAAACCCCUUCUUAUUAAAUGUUAUUCUUAAUAAUAAAGGCUGAAUAAAUUAUCUGAAAAUAAUCCCAUCUCUGGAAGGUUGCCUGUAAGCAACAGUGAAGAAUACGUUUUUAUAAUAAAAAACUUACCAGGAA